AUGCUGGAUCAUACAACUUGAAGCUUAGCGUAAAGGACAGUGGUAGUCCAAUUCUGUCUGCAACAACAACACUGUCUUUGAUAUUGACUGUUAGCAACAACACAGCCAAAAUGUUUACAUCUGUUGAUAAAAAAUCUGACCACAAGAUACAUAUCAAUCUAGUAGUUAUCAUUGUUGUAGCAGCUGUGAUUAUAUCAGUUGCAAUUGUGAUUUCUAUGGCAGUAUGUAUGAUUCAUAAAAACAACCAAAGAAACAUCAGAUGCAAUGAAGCUAUAAAUGAUCCAAACAAAUAUUUUGAUGAAAGAAAUCCGUAUGAUGUUCCUGUAGCAAUGGUUACAGACCAUGGUGGUUAUAGACAUUCUCAAACAACUUUACAGAAAUCUGAACCACAAUCUGAAUACAAGUCAGUUCAAAGUCUUAAAGUACCUUCUUCUAUAAAACAGUCAUAUAAUAUGGCUCAAAGUCUACAUCAGGAGAUAACCAUGACAUCUGGUGUUUAUAAAGAAACUGAGCGAAUGCUUGUUAUUGCUGAUCAUAUCAACGAAAUGUCAACUUUAUCCUCAAGUGCAGAUAGCGGACAUGGUUGGAGUGAAAGAAGCACAGCUCAUUAUGAAACACUUCCAGGUUUCAAGCACAGUCAAGAGGAUCAACAGCAACACAAAAGUAGGAGUUCUUUACCAUGGACAUCACACAAACCCAAGGAUAUUUCUACAAAACCUUCCAGUCAAGCUAUUGUUGAUAAAAAAACUGUCUGCAAUGAUGUUAUUGAUCUUAAAUCCUUAAGAAUAAAAACUGCUAAUCUCCCAGAACCUUGGAAUUUACCAAUAAAAAAUAGCUUCUCUUCUUUCCCCAAACCCCUGCCAUCGGUACCUAAAGUACCAAAACCAUAAAAAUAACUUUAUUCCAUUCAUUAAGUCUUUUCUAACGAGAACUACCAAUGUUACACAUAGGUUCUUUUCAAAUGUAAAACGUCAAUAUAAUUAACAGUAAACAUGUUUAACCCCCUCUAUAAUUAUUCUAAUUAUUGUAAAUAAGCAUGACUGCUAUGCUACAGAAAGAUAUUGCAUAAAUCAGAAUAUAUUUUAUAUAUAAUUUCUACAUAAUUCUUCUAGGAAAAACAUUAACUUAGCUUCUGUGUAAUUACUGACAGUUGUAUUUUGCUUCAUGUUGUUGAUGUUUUUCUAGUCUAAUAAAAAAAUAAGGUAUUUUAAACAAACAGAGUCUUUAAUAAGCUAUAGCACUAUAGUUUACUAAAUCUUCAAAUAUGAUGCCCUAUAUAUUUUCAAAGCCAGCUAAUUAUUACAGAAAUAUUCCAGUAAUUCCCUUCAUCUUUGCAAACAGUAUUUAUCUGAGUUUAAACUGAGAAAAGAAGGAAAUAUUAAAAACAAAAUGAAACAAAAGCAAAAAAUCACAAACCAGGAUAAUUCUUUCAAGUUUAUUGCAAAUUGAUUGAUUUGUACUAUUGAGACAAUACCAUCAUCUUUUUAUUAUUAUUGUUUUGUGGGUUUUUUUUUAUCUAAAACAAGUACUGUGAAGUUUAAGUACAAAGUGGCAUGAGUACAAAGGCCAAAAGCUAUAUAAAGAUAUAAAUAUAUUCACAAAGACUUAUUGUAUAUAAAUCCUUAGUUGUAAAUAAACAAUUCUAUCUAUUUUAUUUUGCUACAUUGGUCUUAAAAUUAUCUGCAAUUGUAAUAUUUGCUUAACAUUCCAACAACAAAUUUGCAAACAAUUUAUCAAAAUAUAAAAAAAAAACACGCCAAAAAGUUUAUAGGAAUCCUGUUAAACUUUCCUACGGAUUGCUUCUCAACAACAGGUGCAAAUAUUGCAGUUCAUUUGUAAUAUCAACAUGCUUACACAUAUUACAAAUGUAACAGUAAUUAUUAUCUUCCAUACUAUUUCAAAAGAAACAAGGAUUUCCAUGUUGGUUUGUCAUUAGUAAAAUAUAAUAAUUGCUGAAGUGUAGACAGAAGUAUCACAGCAACAAAGUAAUUAAUAAAAAUUGUUUACAAACAUUUAGAUCUUGAUGAAACCUUU